AUGCUAGUCCGGUUAAAAGAUUUGUCACUAGCCAGAUUUCGGCUCUCUUUAAGCACAGUAGUUGUCAGGGGAGACAAGCAGAGGGGCCCACGUAUGUGGGCCUGUCUCAUUCCAGUUUUAGUAUUGUCUGGUCACAUCCUAUCCCUCCAAGGCAAAAAAGUAAGCUUCGAAAACCAACAAGUGGCCGCGACCACAGCAGCCAACGUGAGUGACUUUUUUCUAACUGCAAGCAUAGUUACAUUUAUUUUGUAUAUGCCGAAAAACAGCGAGGACUUCUUCCAGUUUUUCUCCAAGCUUUAUCCCGAAGGAAAUCAGCUAUUCGGACCUUUACUUGCCAUUAAAAAAAAUCAUUUUUGGAGGAACUUCCUGAUAUGCAACCUCUGUAUCGGGAGCCUGGUCAGCCUUAACGCCUCAUUCUUUUUGGUUAAUUUCGGAUGGUCAACAUACAAAUAUGUAAUAUUUAGAGAUUUAGAAUUCUACAUGUAUAACUUGCUGCUGUUAUUGCUGUUAGCUUUAGUUAGAAAACUCGAGAUGAGAUUUGCAGAGUUAAACGAAUUAUUGGAAUAUAAAACGGAGCAUUUUUUAAAGACGAAUAGUAAUGCUAAGCAAAAUGAUGAUGAAGCUGAACUUGAUAAUAGGCUAAGUUUCAUUUUAAAUUCGGAACACUUUUAUAGUGUGCGAACAUUUAGGACUAUGCACUACGAUCUUUGCCGAUUGGUUAAGAGGUUUAACGAAAUGUUUGGAAGAAUAAUUUUGUCGAUGAUAGUAUUUAGUAUAGCGAAUAUUUUAGCUAAGGUGACGUUUAUAAUUGAUUUCUAUGUAACCCCAAGGAGUGAGGAAGAAAAGCAUAAAUGGUCACUAUUCGUUGGGAUUGUUUGUGCAUGGAUAUUUGCUAAUUUAGGACAAGCUUACCUAUUUUCCUACUACGGAGAACAAAUCACCAAAGAAGGAGAAAAAACUACCAGGACUUGUUUUUAUUUAUUAAAUAAGGUGCCCUUUCAAACGAAGAACGAGGAUGAAAAUCUGGUUCAAGAUGAACUAAAAUUAUUUGCCCUUCAAAGCUACUCCAACAUACCUUUCCUUUCGGCAGGAGGAUUUUUCGAUAUCAAUUUUAGAGUGUUAGGUCUAGUGAUAUCUAGCGUAACAUCAUAUCUUAUGGUUAUUAUUCAAUUUCUCUUAAGACCGCAAACGAGUUAA